ACGAUGCGCUUUCAUGGAGCACAGAUCUCCUUUCUGAUCUCCUCGCAGCUCCGUUCCAGUGUUGGUCGGACUGCUUUUCCUCCGCACCACUGCCAUAUACACCGCACCAUCUGCCAUCAUGCGCGGAGGCCGAUACUAUGCAUUCCCAGGGUGACACCCACCUCAAAGGUCCCGCACAGAAAUGCUAAAUCCAAGUCCGUUGUGAAGUUGAAGGAUCUACCUCAGGGGGCGUUGAAAUUGGAACCCUACGAUGAUGGCGCCAACGAUGGCCCUCAAUACCCUGUCGUUGUGCAGGGGCAUCGGAACAACAUGCAGAAGUUUAGGAACUGUGUGAUCUUGACACGGGUUGGCGGAUUCUACGAGCUGUAUUUUGAACAAGCCGAAGAGCUAGCUCCAUUGUUAAAUAUCAAACUGGCCAUCAAGAAGACCAGCGCUGGGCCCGUCUACAUGGCCGGCUUCCCCUUCUUCCAACUAGAUCGUUUUCUCAAAAUCCUUGUUCAGGACUUGAACAAGUACGUGGCGAUCAGCGAAGAGUUCGCCAACGAUGCCGAGGGCAAGCUUCGCACGGGGGGCCUCCUCUUCGAUCGGAAGGUCGCCAGGAUCAUCACACCUGGGACCUUGAUCGAUGAGAAAUUUAUGGACACUUCCGAGAACAACUUCCUAUUGGCAAUCUAUAUAGAUGUCUCCUCCGUGAAAGAGCAGGUAGAACAGGAUGACGAUUCAACGAAGCAACAUGUUCUGCCCUUCGCAUCUCAGAAUGUAGGCUUGUCCUGGCUAGACCUCUCCACAGGCGACUUCUUCACUCAAGUGACUACGGCGCAGAUGCUGCCGUCGGCGAUCGCCCGAAUUGGCGCUCGCGAGAUCCUGGUGGACCAAGCCCUGGGGGACGGCGUCAGACAGGAGCUAGAGCUGUUGACCGGACACGACCAACGGCUAAUGACGUUCUUCCAAUUUCCCUCGAAGAUCGAACCCAUGUCCAAAUGGGGUUCUGUACUGGAAGCUCCGGUAUCCGCCAAAUCUGCAGGAUCCUUUACCCAUGAAGAAGUGGCUGCUGGCUAUAGCCUUCUCGAAUAUAUCCGAGUGCAGCUACAGGGCCUAAAUAUGAAGCUUCAGCCGCCGCGUCGUCGGGAUCUGGACGAAUCGAUGAGUAUCGAUCGCAACAGUUUGAGGGGCUUGGAGAUACUGGAAACGGCUCGAGAUGGCUUCGGUAAGGGCAGUCUGCUCCAUGCGGUGCGCAGGACAUCAACUAAAAGCGGCGCCCGUCUGCUCCGCGAUCGCCUAACCUCGCCUUCAACAUCUCUGUCUGUGAUCAACGAGCGUUUGGAUCUUGUGUGUAUCUUCAUUGAAGAUUCAGCAUUGCACGCCAAUGUCAUCGAGUAUCUAAAGCGCAGUUAUGAUGCACAGAGACUGGUUCAGAAAUUCACUCUCGGAAGGGGAGACGCAGAUGAUCUGAUAUGUCUAUCCCGUUCGAUCGAAGCUUCGAAGGAGAUCAGGCGGGUGCUGAUGAGCAAGAGACGGAAAUGUAAAGAUACCCCGGCAGCGCAAAGCCUCAAGCACUUAAUCGAUCGACUGUAUAUGAAUGGGCCCACUAUCCUGGCUGAGAAGAUCUUGGCUGCAAUUGAUGAAGAGGGUCUGCUACAGAAACAACGCAUCGAGGACGACACGGCCGCUGAAGCAGCAAUGCUGGCACAGGAAGUGACGUUGAGUGAAGGCCUACCGGGUGAAAUGGCUACACUGCCGAAGAAAGUGAGGACAAAGAGCGGCGAACGGGGUGGGAGCGGGACAACAGAUGAGGCUUCGGCCGCCGAUACCUGGAUCAUGCGGCGCGACGCCAGCCUUGCUCUCCACGACCUCCAUCAGGCAUUAGACCGAUUGCACAAUGAGAAAGCCAACCUCACCCAGCGCCUUCGCGACGCUGUGGGUUCGACAGCCCUCUCUCUCAAAUGGAGUCCGGGUCUGGGUCACAUAUGCCAUGUCAAAGCUGCGAGGAUAUCUCAGCAGUCUUUGGAAGACCUAGGAGUGACACGAAAUGUCUCGAUGACGAAGUCCACCCGGUCAUUCUACCUGCCAGCGUGGACCGAGCUGGGCGGGCAGAUGGACCAAAUCAAGCUUCAGAUCCGACAGGAAGAACAGGCGAUUUUCGAAGACUUGCGCCGUGAGGUCAUCCUGAAUCUGGUCAAGAUCCGACGCAAUGCGGCCGUCAUGGACGAAUUGGAUGUGGCAUGCUCAUUCGCGACCCUGGCCCAGGAACAGCGGCUGGUCCGUCCGAUCCUGGUCGACGGCGCGUGCCACAAGAUCGUGGGAGGUCGCCAUCCCACGGUCAAGCUGGGGCUGGAAGAGCAGGGCCGGCGGUUCGUCAGCAACGACUGCUUCCUCGGCGACCCGGACCGCAUCUGGCUGGUGACCGGGCCCAACAUGGCAGGCAAAAGCACUUUUCUCCGCCAGAACGCUCUGAUCACAAUCCUCGCGCAAGUGGGAUCCUUCGUCCCGGCAGACUAUGCGGAGAUGGGCAUUGUCGACAAGAUCUUCAGCCGAAUCGGCGCGGCCGACGACUUGUUCCGAGACCAGUCAACGUUCAUGGUGGAGAUGCUGGAGACGGCGGCAAUCUUGAAGCAGGCGACGCCGCGGUCCUUUGUGAUCAUGGACGAGGUGGGUCGAGGCACGACCCCGGAGGACGGCACCGCAGUGAGCUUUGCGUGCCUGCACCAUCUGCACUAUCACAAUCGCUGCCGGACGCUCUUCGCAACACACUUCCACACGCUUGCAGACAUGACCCAGGACUUUGAGUCGCUAGGCCGGUAUUGCACCGACGUCAAGGAGACGGCCAACGGCGGGUUUUCGUUCGUGCACCGGCUGCGCAAGGGCGUGAACCGCGACUCGCACGCAUUGAAGGUCGCCCAGCUCGCUGGACUGCCCUCAGAGACCAUCGAAUUAGCCCGACGUGUGCGUCAACAACAGCGUAAUACGAGCUCAGAUGAAUCCAGCCAGACGAUGGCCCCUGCGUGAUGCACAUCAUCAAAGCAGCCACUCAUCUCACCAAAGCCAUGCUGCGAAGCGCGCGCAUUGGCAUAAUAUGUACACUAAC